AUGAUCGGUCUCAUCAAGUCUCGCGGCAGCAUGUUCACGGCACUAGUUAGCCUCUCCCUGCUCGUCCUGGCCGUAGCCGCACCAAAAGUAGAAGCCGGAGCAAGAGCCGUCGCCGCCACGGAGGCGGCAGCAGCAGCAGCCUGGACGCCGCUGGGAGCGAUCCCGACCGACUUCAGCCCGAGCACGCACCACCGGCCGGGGUGGAACAUCCCGACGGCUCUGCCCCUGGCGUACGAGUUCCGGUCCAGCCGGCUCCCGCACGUCUUCAGCUGGUACUCGCUGGACCGGGUCGAGUUCAACACGUUUGCCGUCGCCGUGCCGACCCAGGCAGCUGCCGCCGCCGCAAGCGAAGAAGAGCGCAUAAUGGCGCAUGGCGACAUUCUCCUACCGGCCGCGCCGCCGGUCCCGCUUCCGGCGAGACAUUUCACCGCUGCCGCCGUGUACGAGAACGUGCCGCGCCCGGCCCCGACUACUCUUGCGACCCUCGUCCGCGACAAGUCUGGUUUAGACACAUAUCCUCGCAACCAGGCUCCCGAUCGGUCUGAAGCAGAGAGCUAG